AUGUCAUCCAUGUCGAUUCAUGGAAAAAAUGACAUGAAAGCAAGGGGUCAAGGAGCGACGGCCUUGGUAAACACGACAUGGCUGGCCUCUCAGAAUCGCAAGGCUGCGCCACAGCCAUUCCAGCCACGUCCAUUGAAAUCUAUUGUUAAAAAUGAUCCGGCUUCUUCCUAUCCACGCGCACCUCUUACUGCAAAACAUGCUGCGGCCAAUGUGCCGUCGUCGGUGGACAAAUCGGUGGGACGAACAACAUCCAUGUCAAAUGUACGUGUGCCGUCGGCCUCUUCCGCACACACAUAUGGACAUUCUGAAACAGGGUCUUCUACUCGUACACCUACUGUCGCGUCCACUGAACCGACAGCCCGAUUGGAUCUGGGUCGAUAUGAUGGUGGUCUUGAACGUGAUGAGAGCAAAGGCCGGCGCGAGACGUCGUCUGAGGCUGACUUGCUUGCUAUGGAUUCCUCUAUGGACGGCUUGCAGCAUCAGCCAACGCGUCCGUGGAGUCUCUCGGAAUUUGAAAUAGGCCGUCCGCUUGGAAAGGGGAAGUUUGGUCGCGUGUAUCUGGCGCGUACCAAGACUGUGACAUCUGCACGCCUUGGGAACCAGGGCUACGUGGUUGCACUCAAAUGUGUAUACAAAAAAGAGUUGGUCGAGAAUAGGGUUGAUCUUCAGCUGCGGCGCGAAAUCGAGAUCCAGAUGAAUCUUCGCCACCCCAAUGUACUGCGCAUGUUUGGCUACUUUCAUGAUCAAGGCCGCAUAUUCAUGAUGCUGGAGUUUGCCGGGCGCGGCGAGCUCUUCAAAAUACUUUCGAAGCUACCUGAUCGACGCUUCGAUGAAAGUACGGGCGCCAAGUAUAUUGGCAGCAAAUCGCUGAUGCUCCUUCAGGUUAUCUUCACUCGAAGCAUGUCAUUCAUCGAGACAUUAAGCCAGAAAACCUGCUUGUCGGUAUUCGUGGAGAAGUGA